AUGCAGACAGCCCAAGACCACGCAAAUUCCCUGAUACAGCUACAAUGCGGUGUUACGAAUAAUGACUGGGGCAAGAUUGGAACGAGAUCAUUAGUCGCCCGACUCUCUGCGGCUGGAAACAAAGAGCAUAAGAUUGACCAAGAUAUACCGUAUGCAGAACUCUGGAUGGGGACUCAUACUCUCCUAUCCUCCCAGGAUGUUCGAACAGGGAUCUCAUUGCGGGAGACUGUUGAACUGCCAUUCAUGUUGAAGGUUCUGUCAAUUGGGAAAGCCAUCUGCAUCCAGGCACACCCAGAUAAACAGCUUGCUCAACAGCUUCAUAAAUGCGACCCAGUCACCUAUCCAGAUGCAAACCACAAGCCAGAAAUGGCCGUCGCGAUAACACCCUUCGAGGCUCUGUGUGGCUUUCGUCCUCUUCAAGAGAUUGCACUGUUUCUGAUCCAUAUUGCUCCCUUGCGCCGUAUUGUAGGUAUGACAGCAGACGAGUGCAUAAUCCUCGCAAGUCAAGAUCAGAGAGAUCCAGCUAAAGAGGAAUCUGCUCUCAGGCGGACUUGGGAGGCAUUGCUUCAUUCGCCUCGGGAGCAAAUCAUCGCAUGCACAAGGGAACUUAUGAGUCUCAUACCUCGCGGGGAUCAUGACGACAGGUGCAUUGCCCCUGGUCUGCAAGUCUCCACUGCUUUGAUCGCUCGCCUUCAUCAACAAUACCCCGAGGACGUGGGCCUCUUUGCGGUCUUCUUCAUGAAUUACGUCUCCCUGACGCCUGGUGAAGCAGUAUUCGUGCCGCCUGGAGAGCCACACGCAUAUCUGAGUGGCGACGUCGUUGAAUGUAUGGCCUCAUCCGCGAAUACGGUCCGUGGCGGAUUCACUAACAAGACGAAGGACCUUCAUACGUUCAUUCCGAUGCUCUCGUAUUCUUACCGGGCCCCGUUGAAGCCUAGAGUGUUCCCAGUAAAUCCUUACGUGCGGUCUGCCAAGGGUGCGGUAUCCUCAGUGCUGUACCAAUCCGCCGCGGAGGAAUUUGACGUCACGAAAACGGACCUGUUCUCGCCAGACGCGGAGGUACAAUUCUAUCCGAUGGAUGGGCCAAGUCUGGUGAUCUGCAUCCACGGCUGUGGGGAGAUUCGGGCAGGACAUCGCAUGGAGAAGGUAGCCCUCGGUUCGGCCUUAUAUAUCGGUGCGGGAGCCGGGAUAUCCAUUCAGAACGGGGGGACGGGGGAUCUUACCGUUUUCCAGGCACUUAUCAUCCUCAAAGCUAAAGGAAACCCUUCAUCAACAGAAGACAAGAAGAGAGUCAACAUGAUUGUCGUCACCGGCGGAGCAGGGUUCAUCGGCUCCAACAUUGUCAAAGCACUUAACGAGCGCGGCCGAAAGGACAUCAUCGUCGUCGAUGACAUGACUGACGGAUCCAAAUUCAUCAAUAUCGCAGACUGUGAGAUCGCAGACUACCUCGACGUGAACGAAUUCCGGCAAGCCAUCGCCAACGACAGCCUCACGCCUCCUCCAAGUGUGAUCUUCCACAACGGGGCUUGCUCGUCGACGACAGAGACAAACGGGAAAUACAUGCUUGAUGUCAACUUCACUUUCUCAAAGGAAUUGUUCCACUAUUGCCAGCGUCACGACACACGACUUAUCUACGCCUCUUCUGCUGCCGUCUACGGCAGCAACAGCACCUCUGGCCCUCUACCGGAGAACAGCACCAGAGCAACAUCCCCGCUCAACGUAUAUGCCUACUCGAAAAUGCUCUUCGACCAGUAUAUCGAGGGCCGCAGGGGCAACGCAACAUCGCAAGUCGUCGGACUCAGGUACUUCAACGUCUACGGGCCCCGGGAGCAGCACAAGGGGCCCAUGGCAAGCAUCGUGUACCAGAUGCACCAGCAAUUGCGGCAGGACGGCGUGGUCAAGCUGUUUGGGGAGUACGAUGGGUACAAGGCCGGGAUGCAGGAGCGGGACUUUGUCUAUGUCGGCGACGUGGUCAAAGUCAACAUGUUCUUUCUGGAGAACCCGUCGUUCUCGGGGAUUUUUGACCUUGGCAAGGGACGCGCGGAUACGUUCGUCGAUGCGGCGAAUGCUGUCCUGGAGGUCACUGGCGUCAAGGGCCGUAUUGAAUAUAUACCGUUCCCGGAACAUCUCAAGGGACGAUACCAGAGUUCUACUUGUUCGGAUGUUUCGGGGUUGCGGCGGAUAGGGUUUCGAGGCUCUGAGGAUACUAUUGCCCUUGAGAUGCAGGCACCAAUGGUCGGUUAG